AUGUCUGUACUUCAAAACAAUAAUAAUAACGGUGACAUGUCAGACCAAUCAAACAAUGCAGCUGUACAUACAAUACCUGCAAACCAACUAGCUCAUAUUCACGCCACUAUAUGUCAACUUCACAAUACACCAGUUGAAUUUUAUACACUUGGAACUUCAAACAAACCAGGAUUUGUACUUAAUCCACAUAGUCAAACUAAAAAACUUGCUUCAAAUGCAAUUAUUGUUGGAUUCCCAUCUCAUGUUAGUAAAACUCAACAAGUAAUUACACAAGACGCCAGUGGCAAUCAGGUACCAUCAGACAAACAAAAAAUCAAUAUAGUUUUACGUGAUGCUACUGGUUAUUGUAAUCUUACCUAUACAUUUGAAGGAGGUGAACCACCAAUUUUUGAAAUUGAGAAAUAUUAUAAUUUUUUGAUUGUACCAAGUAGUCAAUCAUUUGACGCAUUAGAACCAAAGAGAUAUUUUGUUACAUCGUUUAGACCAAUUGAAGAUUUUAAUGAAAUUACCCAUCACAAUCUAUUGGCCAUGAAAUCAGCUUGGGCCUAUGAUCCAGAUACUAUUAGAGCUUGUCAACUUGCCAUCGUCACCAUUGCCAAGAUUGUCGAUCCAUCAGUCCAACAAUUGACCUACAACAUUUUUGCUUGA